UAUCCGCUGAUCCACACAUGUAUGUUUAUGACAGAGUCAGGGGGAUAGUCAUUAACCAACAGCAAUCUUCAGGUAUGUUCAGAUAGCAGAUUUGUUUUCCAUCUGAAUAAUCCGCUGCAGAAAUUUGAGGAUGACCCUUGGAUUUCUGCUGUAGAUUUGCAGUAGUACAUGUUGUGGAUCUGCCCUUGGAGUUAGUCCCUUUCAGUUGAGUAGUGGCCACCUGCUGCAAAAAGAAUUGACACAUCCAUACUUGUUUUUCUAAAUCUCAUCGUAAAAACUAAGACGUGGAUUCCCACUGAGAAACAACCAAAGGUGGAAUACACAUGGAUCUCCAUUGGCUUGGCAUGCUGACAAUAUCUGGCCUCAAUGAAGCUGUACAACAAAAGCUUGCAUUCCAUGCUCAUAGUUUUUGAAAUCUUUUAUUGUUCAUAAUUUUUUUUUUUCUCUUCUUUGACAUCUUGCACUUGGCAUUUUGCUGGGUGACUGAACAUCUGGUAUCUGACCAAAGGAAUUUGACUUUCCCAAGUGAGGCAGGCUUUGGGACAGUUUACACAUGGCACUAUUUGUGUGUACAAACCAUGAGCGGUCGGCACCAUGCGGUGGGCAGGAUGCCUCCUGCUAAUUCAGGCAUAUAUAGUGACCACUGGGACUGCUCCUGAUCCCCAGAUGCUGAGGUCAGGAAGAGCAGUGUUCUUGGAUGAUGAAGAUGCAAAUUCCUUCAUUACCCGCAAGCUGCGCUACAACAGUUGGGAUUUUGAGAUGUUUACUCAGGGUAACCUGGAGCGAGAAUGUUACGAGGAAGUGUGUAACUACGAGGAGGCACGGGAGUGCUUUGAAGACGAUGACAAAACAAAAAACUUUUGGAAAAGCUAUGCACACAAUGGACAGGGAGGGAGCUCAGGAAACUCCCCUGCUUUAGAUAUUGCCGGACUGGUUGCAGGACUGGUGGGAGGGUUCGUAUUGCUAGUAAUGAUGGGCGUUCUUAUCAUGUACUGUGUGCGAUACAGAGCCAAGGAGCGGGCAAGACAUGGGAGGGCUCCCGUACACCUCACUAGUAAUACUCCACUUCCUGAAGCACUUCCUCUGAACCAGCCGCCAUUACCUGAUCCCACCGCCCCAGGGUUGCCAUCCUAUGAAGAGGCGUUGGAGGCAUCGGGCACAUAUGAUGCUCCCCCUCCACCUUAUCACAGAGGUUCAGCCAGAUCAAAUCAACCCAGCUGAGGUUUCAGAGUCAACAUGAUGUCUUGUUUUUUUGUCUCUGUAUGAAUGGUGUGUGAUUUCAGAGGAGGACUUUUUUUUUUGGAGCAAAAUACUUUAUCCAGGGAUUUUAUUAACACUACUGAAAUAAACCGUUACCAAAGAGAAGACCACUGAACCGGCAUGGAGGAUUUUAUUAAUGUUUACGCUCUACUGGAAGAGAUCGCUUUGUUCAGACCCCAGGACAUGGUCGCGGUAGCUGAUGUUGUAAUUAACUAUGAGCUUGUUAUCCAUUUCGCAGACACAGGACUGCUCUGCAGAAGCCGAUUUACUAGAAGACGAGAAUUGGUGUAAUUCUGUCCCUCUCUUUGGACUGGAAUAUUUUGUGUAAUCAAUGAAAAAUGUAAAAUUACAGGGAUGUCCUAUGAGGGAAGACUCUUCAGUAAUGCUGACCAAAAACGCUGUGAAAAUUCACAUUUUCCAGCAGGGAUUUUUUGUGCCUGGUCGCUUACCAUUUAGUUCAGAUCCACUGGAUAUUUUAAGGGUAAUUGCUAUGACUACACAACAAUAUCCAACAGUGCUACAGACUCCUGAGGAAAUUCCAUUCAAUCCGUGACAACGUGACUUCACAAGUCAUUCUCCGUCUCUGGAAGGCAUCGGUUCUUUCUCUUCUAAGGCCUUACAGUUUACACUCAAGGCAAUGCAAUGUCAGCCACGUCACCAGAAAGAGGGAUUUAAGACUUGAUAAAAAAAAAAACAUGCUGUGAAUACCUAUUGGGCGGUGGGAUGAGUACACCUACGCACCGCUCACUUGGGCUUUUUAAAUAUAUAAAAGAACAGUUGACAAGAUAGGAUCUCUUCAACUUACGUGGAGCAGAUAUUUUACUUGGGUUCAGAUUUGCAAUGAUAUACUGUAGUUCUAUAUGGUUUUUUUUCCCCACAGAAAUAUCGGUAUGAGCAAGUUACUCCAUUCCUGAAAGGCAUAGUAAGAUGGGUUGUGUGUUUCAGUGGAGGCUGCCAUUUUGUUGACUGAAACUACAUGGGACGCAUUAGGCAACAAUGGCUGCCUCCACAGAGUUGUAUUAAGUUAUAACCCACAAUGUCAGGUUUGUUCUAUUACACAAGUGUUUCUGCCGGGGGUGAAGAUGAUAUAUUUACUGGGCAGGGCAGGAGACCCACCGUUUUACGGACUGUUUCAUAGGCUGUCGAUGUAUCGGCACAGUCGUGUGACACAGACUGCAGGGUGGUGAUUGGUCUCUGGAUCUUGCUUUCAUAUGCCACUGAGUGCCUUUCUUAAUUGUGGCAUGUGGAAAGGGGUGUCUUUUGGACAGAAUUUUUUUUCCUUCUUGUAUUAGAAACACAUUUCACUGAAAAGUUGCCUUAAUUAAAUUUGUAUUUUUAAAUAA